GGUGGUAGUGAACUAGCUCAGAAAGUGAUAGCUUGAGAUUUGAUCAGUCAAACAAGUGGACCCUACUCCUCUUUAGGCAGUUAACACCCUGUUGGAACUGAAACAGAGGCUGGGAUGUCCCUCCAACUCUACUACUCAUGACUGGGCAAGGCAUUUCCCUCCGUGGCCCAGUUCACAGGGUUGAAAACUCAAAGUCUCUUCCAGAGCUAACACCAGGACAGAGUUCUAGGAUUGGAGAUGCAUCUUCUCCUUUCUCGUUCCAGCCUGCGUCCACUCAAGCCAGAUCACUUGCUUCUAUGGUGUAUCGAUCUUCCGGGACCCUGCAUGUCCCAGGCCCCGACUCCAGAUCCCCCAGACUCUGCUAUGGUUGGGUACUAUGCCAGGAGAGUAAUGCAGGGAAACAGACAGGCAAAGUCAGGUGGGCAAAGAGCCCCAAAGGGUCUUGAUUCAUUCAAGGCAGACAUCCGGUUUCCUUUGGCUGCUCUGCCGGGAUCCAGGGGUUUAAAUGAAUGAGUCAUCGUGGUGGGUAUUGGGGAGUUCCCAGAUAAUCAGCCUGGGACAGGACAGCCUGAAUGCUGGAUCAUUUUGUUUUUAUCCAAAUGUGGAGUGGACACAGACAACAAUACCCUAGGGUGCUGUCCAGGGCUCCUCCUGGCACUGAAGUAAGCAGCCACCUGGGAGCUCAUGGGUACAAAAUGAGAACAAUGGGCUCUUCUUUCUUUCUCAGAAUGUUUGUCCCCAGGUAAAGGUAUUUUAAGAAUCACAGGAGAAGGGUAGAGGGUUAGGGUACUGGCUACCUCUGCAUGUCUGGCAGAGGGUAGAGAGAUAAGAGCAACUUUGACCUGGGGCCUGAUUCUUCCCAAGGUCUGACUGAGUUCCCUCUGUAGCCUCCAGGGCUUCGCCAGCACUUCAACCUCGUUGGACUACUCAGAUUAAACACCCUGGAGUAAUUCAGGCCUGGGUGUGGCUGGAGGAAGAGAGUUUGGGGGGGACAAGACGUCAAGGAAGGAGCAGAGAUUCCCCGAUUUCACAAAACUUUCGCAAAACAGCCUUUUCCCAACCCCCUGCAUUGUCCUGGGUGAGAGAAGAAAAUUUGCAUAAAUCCUGGGAAGUUAUUACUAAGCCUGAGUUGCCCCAGCCACAGGUAAUUUCCUCCCAGGCCUUGAUGGGGUUAUGUAUAAAAGCCCCCUGGAGCAAGGCCCUGGCAGAACCCAGAGCUGAAGCUCAGAUCACCCAGAAUCACCCAGAAUCAAUCCAUGGCUCAACCUUCUGCCCAGAGCCGCAGGAAGCUGAUGGCUGUACAUCUGCUGCCAGCCCUACAGCUGCUGCUGUGGCACAGUGCACUCUGGACAGGACAAGAGGCCAUUCCCCUGGUCUCUGUCACCUCUCGGCCACCACCCCUGCCUUGGCCCCGGAGCUUCCUGCUGAAGUCCUUGGAGCAAGUGAGGAAGAUUCAGACCAGGAACUCGGAGCUGCUGGAGCAGUUGUGUGCUACUUACAAGCUGUGCCACCCGGAGGAGCUGGUGCUGCUCGGCCACUCUCUGGGCAUCCCGCAGGCUCCUCUCAGCCGCUGCUCCAUCCAGGCCCUGCAACUGACAAAGUGCCUGAGCCAACUCCACAGUGGACUCUUCCUCUACCAAGGCCUCCUGCAGGCCCUAACAGGCAUUUCCCCUGAGCUGGCCCCCACCGUGGACAUGCUACAGCUGGAUGUUGCCAACUUUGCCACCACCAUCUGGCAGCAGAUGGAAUCCCUGGGGGUGGCUCCCACUGUGCAGCCCACCCAGAGCACCCUGCCAACCUUCACCUCUGCCUUCCAGCGCCGGGCGGGAGGUGUCCUAGCCGCUUCCCACCUGCAGAGCUUCCUGGAGACAGCUCAUUGCACCCUGAACCAUCUGGUCUAGGCCUGAGCAAAGCCAUUUGCAGCAGGUUUAUUUAUCUCUAUUUAAUAUUUAUGCUUAUUUAAACCUACUAUUUAAAGACGGAGAAGAGAAAACGGAGCUCCAAGCUUCUAGGCCCUUCUCUCCACUCUUGAGUUUUGUUCUCCUGCUUGUAGCAGUGAGGACAAGCUCUUGUGUCCUCCUGUCCCCAGGGCUGGAGGGAGAUAGGUAAAUACCAAGUAUUGAUUCCUGAGGCUGCUCCAGGCACCCAGCUCUGUGGUGGUUACAAAGGGCCACUGUGAGCCCCACCACCCCAUUUCAGGGGCCUCAGCAGCAUCAGGAGGUCUCCCUUUUGGGAGACAAGACAACCCUGUUUAAUAUUUAAACAGCCAGUGUUCCCAAACUGGGUUCUUCAUCCCUUGCUCUGGUCAGCCAGGUCGCAAGUUUCCCUGUCUGUCCCCAUAGGAAUGAAGGGCAUGGCAUGAAGCAGAGGCAGCCAGGUUUGGUCCUGGAAUUUACUGGAUUCUUUUUGAGGGCCUUGCUGGGCUGGGAGUGCGAGAGGGCAAAGGCAGGAGGAUCCGGGUGGGGAGGGUAUGGCACAGAACGAGCCCUGCCUGUCUAACCUCCCUCUCAGCCCCACUUGCUCACUGUAACCAAGCUUGAGGAUAAUAAAGUGUUUUGUAUCCAGUAAA